GACACUGGCCAUUUUUUGCUUAAAUUAGGGGUGUUUGUGAGGAAGGGCAGAUUGGAAAAGUUCUGCUAAAGAGAACACCUCUUACUGUUACACCUUUACUGCCUUCACAAAGAGCUGUCUUUGACUUUUUGUUUUGCAGCAUGUCUUUUUGAGCCCUCUCACCUUUUCCUGUUUACCGCAGCUUCAAGCCCUUCACUUUGUCUCAAAACCUUCUCUGUAACUGGCAGCUGCCCAUCCAGCACCCACUAUCACCAAAUCUCAUUCUUUCCCACCAGCAGUAGAAUAAGCCUUCUGAGAACUCGUGAGUCUUAGAGAGGACGAGGACAGAAGAAGAAGGGAGCAGUGCCGCCCGAGAGCCUGAAGGCUUCUUGCUGCCCGAGGAGUCCAAGAUGAAUCCCACAGACCAGUUCCUAAGCACAACAGAAUACGGCUAUGGAUAUGAUGAAAACACUGCUCCUUGCAACGAAGGAAAUGGCUUUCCCAGGUUUAAAUCUCUCCUCCUGCCAAUCCUUUACUGCCUUGUGUUUGUCUUCUGCCUUCUGGGAAACUCCUUGGUCCUCUGGAUCCUCCUGACCAGAAAGAGGCUGAUGACGAUGACUGAUAUCUGCCUGCUGAACCUUGCGGCCUCCGAUCUCCUCUUCGUUGUGCCUCUCCCUUUCCAAGCAUACUAUGCUUCAGAUCAGUGGGUUUUUGGCAAUGCAAUGUGCAAGAUAAUGGCUGGCAUUUAUUACACGGGUUUUUACAGCAGUAUUUUCUUUAUAACUCUGAUGAGCAUUGACAGGUACAUAGCAAUUGUCCAUGCUGUCUAUGCCAUGAAAAUACGGACAGCUUCCUGCGGCACAAUGAUCAGCUUAAUCCUGUGGCUGGUGGCUGGCUUGGCUUCUGUACCCAACAUUGCGUUCAACCAGCAGCUGGAAAUUGAGCAGUCUGUGCAGUGUGUCCCCAUUUAUCCCCCUGGCAACAAUAUCUGGAAGGUUACAACUCAGUUUGCUGCCAACAUCUUGGGUCUCUUGAUUCCCUUUAGCAUCCUCAUCCAUUGCUAUGCCCAGAUCCUAAGAAACCUGCGAAAAUGCAAAAAUCAGAACAAGAUCAAAGCAAUCAAGAUGAUUUUCAUCAUUGUCAUCGUUUUCUUCCUCUUCUGGACCCCCUUCAACGUUGUGCUCUUCUUGGACUCCCUGCAGAGCCUGCUUAUCAUUGACAACUGCCAGGCCAGCAGGCACAUUGCUCUGGCCCUGCAGCUCACAGAGACCAUUUCCUUCAUCCACUGCUGCCUCAACCCUGUGAUCUAUGCCUUUGCAGGGGUGACAUUCAAAGCCCACCUGAAAGGGCUGCUUCGACCCUGUGCCCGUGUCCUUUGGAGCCCCACCAGAGGCUCUGGGGUCACUCAGUCAUCUUUGGUGCCCAGCCAGAUCUCUGGCUGCACUGACAGUGCUGGAGUGCUCUGAGCACAACCAGUUGCAGUCCUCAGAGCAAGUGGCUGCCCUGAGCCCCACAGGCUGCCUUGUGUGCUCAGUGUCCCCAGGGGAUGACCCUGUAUGUCCUUUCAGGAUGCGCUGUGAAAUGCCACAUGGUGAGCAGCAGAAUGAAUUUUCAAAGAGCAUCAGUGUAAAGGAGCAACCCUACACACUGGUCAUGGGGUGAAUUUUAAUUAGGUUUUAGAGCUCUUGCAAUAUAUUUCAGCAAACAGAUUGCUUAUUCUCCAGCUUGUUUUUUCCCCUAGUGAAAGCAUGGCUUCUGCCUUGCCCCCAGCCGUAUUCUGCCUUGUGAAAGCUGUUUCCUACACGAGUCCCUGCUUCCCUGGGAUGGGGGUGGUACACUCUUAGAGAUGUGCGACAAGUACAGGAUGGCUCCAUGCUGCAAAGAGGGACCGGUGGCAGUCUUCCCUCUGCCUCAUCUCUCAGAUAAAGAGGCCUUCUGCUUGGGGCUUGCCAAGUUACUUUAGUACGUUGCUGCCCACAGCAUGUUCUGGUGGCCAUGUCUUUGAAGACAGCAAAGCAACACUGCCAUGUGCCCCUGUACCACCCAUGCAAAGAGGUAUACUCUUGAAUAUAACCCCACCAAAGCAGCCUGGCCAUAUGUCACCUCUCCAAUCCCUCGCCUGCAAGGUUCGUGGUUCAAUGUAAAUAUCACAGAAUGUCACAUAGCACAUAGGCUCCAUCCCUUUUUCUCAUAUAUUAUUUUCUGCCUUUUUAUACAUGUUAUAUUUGAAUAAAUAUAUUC